ACACUAUCAGCUGAUGGUACAUGUUCGAAAUAGGAGGAUUAAAAACAUAAUGUUCUUCAUACCUCUGUCUAACUUAUAAGAAAAGACUGAGACAUAAGAUCGGUUUGUAAAACACAUUUACACAAUAAUUUGGAAAGAGUUUUUGUAUCACAUAUUUAAGUUAGUGUUGUACGUCGAAUUUGUAAUUUAAAUAAAAAACAAUGUCCGAAAGGGAUUAUGCGCCUUUGAGCAUAGCCUGCGUUCGCGGGUUAUGCGACAAGAUAUAUGAUAAACGGAAAUUUGCUGGCGUUGAAAUAGAGAAAAUGGUAAAAGACUUCAGCGAUGCCAAAAACACUAGUCAAAUUAAGCGGCUUAUACGGGUACUUGGGCAGGAUCUCAUGUCUUCAACUAAUCCAAAUGUAAAGAAUGGAGCCCUCAUGGGACUGACAUCAGUAGCUGUUGGUUUGGGAAAGGGAUGCAUUGAGUACCUGUCGGAGCUGGUGCACCCGAUCGUGGCUUGCUUCAGCGAGAGCGAGUCGCGCGUGCGCUACCAGGCGGCCGAGGCGCUGUUCAACGUGCUGAAGAUCGCGCGCGGCGCCGCGCUCGACCACUUCCCGCUCGUGUUCGACGCGCUGGCGCGCCUGGCCGCCGACCCCGAGCCGCAGGUCAAGCAGGGCGCCGAGCUGCUCGACCGACUCGUCAAGGACAUAGUGACAGAGAGCCAGACGUUCGACUUGGCGGCGUUCAUCCCGAUGCUGCGCGAGCGCAUCUACACGCGUAACGCGUUCGGGCGCCAGUUCAUCGUGUCGUGGGUGUCCGUGCUGGACGCCGUGCCCGACAUCGACCUCAUCGUCCACCUGCCCGAGCUGCUCGACGGGCUCUUCAAGAUGCUGGACGACGCCAAUCCUGAGAUCAGACGAAUGUGUGACGUCCAGUUGAAUGAAUUUCUGAGGAGCAUAAAGAAGGAUCCGUCUAGAGUUGACUUCCAGGCGAUGAUCAACAUCCUCAUCACACACGCGCAGUCGCCCGAGGAGAUGUUACAGCUGACGGCCAUCACGUGGAUCAAGGAGUUCGUGGAGCUGGCGGGCGCCGCCAUGCUGCCGUACGCGUCCGGCAUCCUGUGCGCCGUGUUGCCCUGCCUCGCCUACUCCGACGAGCCGCGGAAGAGUAUUCGUGAAACGGCGGCAACGGUGAACUUUCAGCUGACGAAGCUGGUGGUGUCGGAGGCCGGCGGGGCGGAGGGCGCGGCGGGGGCGGAGGUCGCGGCGGGAGCGGAGGGCGCGGCGGGGGCGGAGGGCGCGGCGGCGCUGGACGUGUCGGCGCUGGUGGGCAUCCUGUCGCAGACGCUGCACCACAGCUCGGUGCACAGCAAGGCGGCGGCGCUGGACUGGCUGCUGCGCCUGUACGUGCGGCGGCCGCGCGCCAUGCUGCAGCAGACCGAGCGCCUGUUCGUGAGCCUGGUGGCCAGCCUCACGGACGCCGCCGACGACGUCGUGCGCCGCGCGCUGGCCGUGCUCGCCGAGAUCUGCGAGCCGCCCACGCCCGGUGACCUCGAGUCCAGCCCCUACUAUUACAAGUUCCUACAAGCUCUGCUGAGGUUAUUGGCAGCUGACGAAAACUUAUUGGAAGAUAGAGGUGCUUUUAUUAUUAGGCAGCUGUGUAUCCUGCUGAACGCGGAGGACAUCUACAGGGCGCUGGCGCGCAUCCUGCAGCAGGAGCGCAACCUGCGCUUCGUGGCCACCAUGGUGGACGUGCUCAACACCAUCCUGCUCACCUCCGCCGAGCUCUACGACCUGCGUCUGCAGCUGCGCAACUUCAACAAGCCCGCCACGCGCGCGCUGUUCGCGGGGCUGUACCCGUGCUGGUGCCACAGCCCCGUGUCGCUGCUGGCGCUGUGUCUGCUCACACACAACUACGCGCACUGCAACCAACUCAUCUCCUCCUUUGGAGAUUUGGAGAUCACUGUAGACUUCCUAACGGAAGUAGACAAGCUGGUGCAGCUCAUUGAGUCACCCAUUUUUGCCUACCUGCGGCUGGAGCUGCUGUGCGGCGCGCAGGCGGCGGCGCUGCGCGGCGCGCUGUACGGCGUGCUGAUGCUGCUGCCGCAGUCCGACGCCUUCCACGCGCUGCGCCGCCGGCUGCAGUGCGCGCCCGCCGCCCCCGCCGCGCCCACGUCGAUCGCGGGGAAGGCAGACGACGUGGAGCCGGCGAUUGACUUCGACAAACUACUGGAAGAGUUCCAGCGCGUGCAAGCGGCGCACCGCGAGUACAAGAUGGUAGACCGGAGUCGCGGCAAGCUGCUCGACAAGGGAUACUCAUAGCCCGCCAUCAUUGUUGCAACUAACGUGAUAUCUUAGAUCUUAUGGCAUACGAUGGAAGUAAUCUCGACAUUUACCAGUACCUACGAGAUAACUGAGAUGUUUUAGCCUAUUUUGUCGUAUGAAUACGUAGCUUCGUAACUUGACUUAAAAAUACGUUUAAUGUGAAGCUAAUUUUAUCAAUUUACUUGGUUAGAUUGUUGCUUUUUUAUAUUUUUAAUGGAUUGUAUAUCUAAAGUCGUUUCUAGUGUCUAUUUUAUAUUACGAACAUAAAAAGUAUGUUUUCAAGUCGCAAUAGAACUUUGCAUUCACCAGCAAAACACCUUUUAUAAUUUUAUGCCAAAACGUCACGUAUGCUUUUCGGGGUGACUCAGUCUGUAACGAUAAAUAUGUACAUUCUAUCAUAUACCUCAAAAUCCGUUAAGGCGUUCAGAAAAAUGAGUCAUUGUUCAGAAUCACAAUAUUACGAGAACUAAUACCCCGUCCCCGUCUCAGCUCAUGAUUAAGGACUACGGUUGGGUCCGAAACUAGUCGGGCACUCCCGAUAAAUACGCGUGAGUAAACCGUUGCAUGCAUCAUUCAAUAAAAAACGAAUGUAGUUCGCGAUGCUUGACCUGGCAAGGUAAUAAUUUGUCCAAGCUGAUGUGGUUAAUUAGACAGGCGCAGUGUUAUUUAAAUUACGUUUACCUUCAUGUGACUAUGUAUUUGUAUACUGGCUAGAGCAUGUGAAAAUGUUGCACUUGGAAAUGUUUUGAAUUAUAUAUAAGGUAUAUGAUGAGACAGAACAAUAUUACAACUUGUAAGCAUAUACAUUAUACAAGUUAUUUGAAGUUAUACCGAAUUACCCAUAGUAACUGUUGUUUUGUGAAUAUUUGUUAUUAAUAGACAUUCCAGUAUUUAUACACAAUUUAAUAAAACCAAAUAUUUUUUCAUAAA